AUGUCCCAACCGUCGACCCGCCCCUCCACUCUUGUUGGUUCUCUGCUGUUGGUGAUUGUGUUCACGCUCGAGGUUUUGGCAGGGAGGGGCCCUCAAGGCUCCCUCCUCCGACCACGCGCUAAACGACGGAUCCGUCAUCCCGUCAAUUUAGCUCCGACAGCGACGCGGACACAUGCAGCCACACGCAACCUCGACGAAAGCCACGAGCAUACGGCCGUUGCGGCGUUUCGCCCUCGCACUCGCCUACCGUGUGGUCUCUUCCCCGCAGCAGCCGGCACGUUGGCGUCGGAAGAGACGAGCCACAGUAUAAGACAUGGGACACGGAAUCUGGCUGCCUGCCGCCUCGGUCGGUGUCUGAUACUGUCAUCUAGCACCCCGCAGCAUCUCGCCAACAACGGCGGUGCCCUAUUUUACGACGCCGAGCGCACUCGCUCCGGUGGGGCCUCGUACUCAUUUCCGCAUCUCACCUCCGCACUGUCCGGCGACAGUCUGUCGGGACCGGCACCGGCCAACGAGGCCUGCCGCCAUCGCAUCAUCUGUCUCACAACGGCAAAACCGCCGGCCGCCGCCGCCAAUCACCGCCCUCUGCAAGCAACACCGCAACAGGACGUGGUGCACCGUGGAAUUUCCGGUGGUGGAGGUGGCACCCCCGACGCCAUGCCUUCCGCCAACGGUUUCUGGAAUCCCGUCAUACAUCGUCUUUGUGGAUCGCGGGGCCCAAUCUCUGCCCGUCCAACCACUCUCAACCCUCCGCGGAAGGUUCGACAUGCAGCCAUUUCUCCGAGCGCACAACUUGGCGGUGCAGUGCCUUUGCGGCUCAAAGAGGGGAGGGGGAGGGGAGGCGUAGGGAGCAAAUCACGCCCGAGCACCAACCGGCACUCUGUCCGAAGUUGGCUUGAAGAAAAACCAGCGACCGGGAUGCCCGGGUCGUCCACCUUUCGGCGUCGCCAACCAUCUGCGCCUCGUGGCAGCACUCCAGCCUUUGGAGAGUGUGGUCGGCUCGGGUAUACAAGGAGCUGCAGAGGUCUUCUCCAGGCGCUCUCCAAAACGGCGAGUCUGCUCGUGUUGGCGUCCGCACCGCAUCGUCCGUGACGUCUGGUGGAGGAUUCAGGGUGACGGGUGUCGAGAGGCCACCGUACGGAUGUGGGUUCAAGGCUGCGGGCGUCGAGUGCGUGGUUGGGCAGCUUGGGUCGUCUAGUCCUCCAUUCUGUAUGCGGUUUCACGUUUUCCGUUCCUCCGUCUCCGUCUUGCCCUGCUAGGCAUCGGUUUCUUUGUUUUACCCGCCCCCGUGGAAUCCAGCUACCGAAUAGGAAGGUGUUUGUGCCGGUUCGUUGCCCGUUGACUGGUAGACCAUGGAUUGCGGCCGCG